ACCUCAAACUCCAAUUAUAAGCCACCACCCCACACAUCUCUCUUCUCUGUCACUUCAAACAGCAAAGUGAACAAAAAAAAAAAAAAAGAGAGAGAAAAAGAACCACGCGGCUUAGAGAAACACAAGCUAUGAAAUCCAAGCCAAGAAAACCAAAACUACCACUGCUCCUACCCUUUAUCAUUAUAUCACUCUUCUUACUUCCGACUCCAUCAUCCUCUUCCUCUUCGACCCCCAAUAAUGAGGCAAACGAAGCAACCACCGUCACCCAUCGAUUCAAAGAAGCCCCCGAAUUCUACAACUCCCCAGACUGCGCUUCCAUCACCGACAAUUCCGACAACGACAGCUACAUCUGUUCUGACGAAGCAGUACACGUGGCAAUGACCCUGGACACCACAUACAUCAGAGGAUCCAUGGCCGCAAUACUUUCGGUCCUCCAACACUCUUCUUGUCCGCAAAACAUAUUCUUCCACUUCCUCUGCUCCUCCAACGCGUCCCUCCUACGCGCCGCAAUCUCCACAUCAUUCCCUUACCUCAAAUUCCAUCUCUACAACUUCGAUGACUCCAUAGUCUCGGGCCUCAUCUCCACCUCCAUUCGCUCCGCACUCGAUUGCCCCCUCAACUACGCGCGCUCCUAUUUGCCCAACCUCUUACCACUCUGCGUCCGGCGCGUGGUCUAUUUGGACUCCGACCUCAUCCUAGUCGACGACAUUGCAAAACUCGCAGCUACCCCAUUGGGACAAAAAUCUGUGUUGGCAGCACCCGAAUACUGCAACGCCAAUUUCACUUCCUAUUUUACCCCUACCUUCUGGUCCAACCCAUCUCUUUCCCUCACUUUUGCAAACAGAAAGCCCUGUUAUUUCAACACGGGGGUGAUGGUGAUCGAUUUAGAACGGUGGCGAGAAGGGGAUUACACGAAGAAGAUUGAGGAGUGGAUGGAACUUCAGAAGAGGAUGAGAAUCUACGACCUGGGUUCUUUGCCGCCAUUUUUGCUUGUGUUUGCUGCGAACAUUGCUCCGGUGGAUCACAGGUGGAACCAGCACGGCCUCGGCGGUGAUAACUUUCGUGGGCUCUGCAGAGAUCUUCACCCUGGACCCGUUAGUCUCUUGCAUUGGAGUGGCAAAGGUAAACCGUGGGUUCGAUUGGACGCAAAUAGGCCUUGUCCUUUGGAUGCUCUUUGGGCACCCUAUGAUCUAUUGCAAACUCCCUUUUCUCUCGAUCCUUGAACAAACCUCACUUCGUAUACGUAUUUGGGAUUCAUAUAUACACACAUACAU